UUGUCACCACUAAUAAACACUCUUUUUGCGGAUUUCUAGUAUUAACUUUAAGCCAACUAUCGACCGAUCCACGACCAGACUUGCCCAAGUUUGGAUUACGUCUACCGAAAAAUCGUCCCCUCUUCCGUAGCAACUAAACAAACGAAUCAACAUGGUAUUUGGAUUAUUGGUACGCGGCGGUCUGGUCGCUGGAACUGUGUACUACACCCGCAAAGCUGGCGUCUGGGGCAACGCCGAGGAGACGGACAAGCUGUUGAAUGACGUGAAGGGUCAGCUCUGUCCCUAUGUGCAGAAGGCGAAGAAGCAGCUGCCCUUCGAGGUGCCCAAGCUACCACAAGCGGGCGAAGUGCGCUUCCUGGUCAAACACUAUUACAAUGAGGGCGUGAAGAGCUCAUUCCGCUUCAUCCACAUGCUGCCCUGCUAUGCGGGCCGUGGUCUGAAGAAGGUGAAAGACACAUUCGAGGACUUUGCCAAGUCGCCAGCCAUCACGGGAGGCAACGAGAAGGCGGCAGCGGCAGCGACGAAAUAGUGAAAUAUGGAUAUUCAAUGAAUAUAAAUGCUUAUUCAAUGGAAGGCUGUUUUCAUGUUAGUUCAUAGUUAGUCUAUUGAAUACUAUGUUUAUGUACCUCCCCCCACAACUUAACAAAUUCUGAACUAUCUCGAGCAGUAGAUGCUUAAAAAUACUUAUUGAUGUGAAGAUUGGAGAUUUAAGCGUAUUGUGUUCGACCUUUAAUGCUAGCAAUAAACUAAAUUUAUGUCUUAAGCGUGAAAGCCGCCUUGCAAAACUUA